AUGUCCUCGGAUAUUCAUAAUUUCAGGCAGCUCUACGCUAAACAUACCCUCGCAUUUGGAUACUUGAAGAGCUGUGGUGGCCCCGUAGACAGCCAUGACCAUCACUUUCUGGAUACAACGUUGGAUGGAGAAAUACAUAUCGGUCGUGGGCCUCACAACGAUCUCAUCUUGCAGGAACCUCUUAUCAGCUGGGAGCACUGCAUGCUUACAUACACGGAGCAAUAUGACGCCCCAGUCGCAGUCGCACUCACCGCGAAAAAGACUAGGAACGGGACUUUCGUGAAUGGGGUACGGCUAAAGGUUGGACAGACUAGAGUCCUGGACGACGGGGACACAGUAUCUCUCGGCGUCUUCGUUGUGUCGCACGCAGAGAACAGGAAUCGGCAUUACCACUUCGAACACGACACGCUAGAAGGCUAUGGUCUUCCCGAGGAAAGACUCAGAUUGGGAAAGCCCAGCUGGCAAUUCAAAUUUCAUUUGUUGGAGAGGGGAGACGACGUCGGUCUGAGCGGUGUUGGGCGAGCUGUCAACGCUUGCUUGCAUCAAAGCGUCCGAUGUAGUGACAGCAUACGCAAAGCACGGGCACUCCUCGGGCAGAUGCGAGGCAACGAACUGCCCGAGCCACCACGGAGCAAAGCAAAUAGACGACGUGUUGGCUCGUCUGCUGGACGGUCUACGACGCCACCGUUCACCUCCCCGCCCGCUGAUUUGCGCAAACACAGGGGCUUGCCGGCUGAGUAUAUGGAGGGUGAUUACUUACAUCUACACCCCGCUCCCGACGGCCUUUCAUGGUAUCACCCCGACUUCAUAUGGCUCGGCCACGUUCAGCAUCGAGAGGACACGGCCAGCUAUGAACUUCCCUCCGCUUUCCACUCUUGGUCCACAGUAUACGGCAUCCCACAAGGUCUUCAUCCCCGCUGGAAUGAGUUCUCAACCGCUGUCUUCGGGGAUGAACGACUCGACGUUGGCCCCGAGUCUGUACGUCUGGAGGGUAUCCCUCCAUUACCGUAUUACUUGCGUCAGAUUCCCGAGGAUGCGGAAGCUCGGCGAGAAGGCGGAUGGGUGGAUAUCGAUCUGAAGUCGAUGGCUCGACAAAUCGAACAAGAGCGCAUAUACAACGAGGACCCGCGCAGGAUGCCGAUCACUGAUCCCCCUCGUCAUCAAUCCCCAGACGACGUCCCUCCCUCGAGAAGCGACGAAGCGUCUCGUCCUUUACCCACGUCUCAAAAUAAGCGGAAGCUUGACUCGACCGUUGACGCGGCCUCUCAGCGCCCUGUUGCUGUCGACACGCCACUCACAGACACUCUCCAGCCCCCGCGUAAACGCGUGAAGCGAGGCGGCGCUCAUACCACGCGAGGGGAGAUCUCAAGCAAUACGGCAAACUCACGCACUGCGGGCCCGUCUACCUUGACAUCGCGCAGCACUCCGCAUACACGUACUCACCUUCAUGACGAAGAGCGGACUGAUGAAAGUCCCGCUGAGCGUACCGCCGGUCCAGCCAAAAAGGUGCGCACGGCAGUUGCCUGCGCGUCGAAGCGCCGACGCCCCGACGGCGAUGUGGGAGAGCCAGCUUCAAAACGCCCGCCCCACACCGCUAUGGCCGGCUCUCAAGCUCAAAGCUCGUUGCCUGACGAUGGAACCGUCAUUGAGGGAAGCCGCCCUCGCAAACGUACUCGGCUUCACGACGAAGAGCCAACAGCGGAAAGACCCGCUAAACGCCCGGCCCGGCCCGCCAUCAAGGCGCCAGACGACGCGGCUUCUCGCACGCUCAAGCGCCCGCGCGCGCCCAAAGCCGACGUUGAAAAAGAGCGCCCGGUCAAGCGGGCAACGCGUGCUUCUGGCAUCGCGCCGGAUGUCAAGUCUCGUCCCCUCAAACGCGCGCGCGUACAUCGCGAGGACGCGCCGCCUGAACAAGUAAUUGUGGAUAGCGCGCCUCACCCUUCGAAGCGUCAGCGUCAUACGCCCUCGGAGGCCCCAGGCGCAGAAGCCCCCACUUAUCGACGCUCGAGGCGCUUGAAUGGCAAAGCCCCGGCGCAUCGCCGAUGA